UAUAAAGAUGGCUAGAAUUAUUUUCUGUUUCCUCACCUACAUUUUAUUGAAUGGACAGUGUGGCUGUUGCUUUUCUUCAGAGUGCAUAAAAGCUGAACAUUUUCUCAACUGUAAAGAAAGGAACUUGACAAAAAUACCACCAUCAUUGCCAGAGGGAGUUAAAAGUGUUGAUCUAAGCAACAACCACAUUUCGAAUAUUACCUCUAUUCCAGAAACCAGUACUUUGCGUAAUCUGGAUCUGUCAUCCAAUGGAGUAUCCACCCUGAUGUACCAUGCCUUUGACAAUCUUGAUAACCUGGAAACCUUGAUUUUAAGCAACAAUAACAUUGAAAAAAUUGCAGAUGAUAUUUUUGUUUGGAAUCCUUUGAAAUUAGAGGUAUUGCGACUUGAUAAUAAUAAAUUGGAAUUCAUUCAACAUUUUCUGUUGUAUGACCUGGAUAAGUUGCAAGAACUCGAUCUUCAUAACAAUAACAUCUCCUUUAUUCAUCCUCAUGCAUUUGCUCAUCUGUCGCAUCUGACUCGACUCAGACUCAACGGCAACAAUUUGUUUACGUUUGAACAUAAGUGGAUAAGUGGGAUGAAAUCAAACUUCAUGACGGAAUUAAAGUUUGAAAACAAUCCAUGGUCCUGCGAUUGCGCAAUGACACCUCAUGUGAAAUGGAUGAAAAGUGCAAAAUGGUUUCAACAUUUGAUUCAUGGACAAGCUUUUACCUGUCAAAGCCCAGCUAGUUUAAAGGAUCAGAAUAUAUUAUUACCAACCGUCACGGAGAUGAAUGCAGCAUGUGGCCUACCAACCUUUACCCAACUCUCACCAAACACCGAGUUGCAUGUGGGUGACACACUUAAAUUACAGUGUGUUGUGCUUGGAUUACCACAUGCAACUAUCACAUGGACAGCACCAAAUGGCAACGAGUACAAUUACUACAAUGCAGAUUGUUUUAAGGAUGUAGAAGCAUAUCAGAAUGGCACACUAGUCAUACACAAAUUUGAAGCUUAUGACUUUGGCACUUAUAACUGCACUGCAACUAAUUUUAAGGGUUAUUUGCAGUAUGGAACCAAAGUUUCACAAGCAACUGGACCAAAUGACACCCCUGUGAAUAAGCCAGAUGAGAUAAAUGUAGAUGAUAUUGUGUUAAGUAUACGUCACAGCAGUCAAUGCCCCUAUAACUGCACUUGUUUAGCAAGCAACACAGAUUGUUCUGGAGAUGGUAGUUCCACAGAUGGUGGAUUGCAAGAAGUACCACAGGGCAUGCCUGCAGCCAGUACAACAAUAAGUCUUACUUCAAAUAGUAUUAGAACCAUUCAGGCGACAGACUUUGCGUCCUUUACUGAUUUGUCAGAGUUGCGUUUGGACAACAACAAAAUUGCAGUCAUUGCUGCUGGGGCUCUCGAUCACAACAGCAAACUCAGAACACUGACAUUACGUGGUAACAAGUUAACCAGCUUUCCCAACCACUUAUUCAAGAACUUAGUAAAGCUGAAUAUUCUGGUUUUGGACAACAAUGAAUUGGAAAUCAUACACGCCAAGUGGUUUGCUGAUUUAAAUAAACUACAAUGGUUGUACAUACGAAGCAACAGAAUAACUAACAUUCAACCUCAUGCAUUUAAAGGCAUGACAUCUCUUCGGUUUUUGCAUUUGGAGCAGAAUCUAUUGGCUUAUCUUGAGCUGCCAACAAUACAAGAUCUUACUGAGAUGAAACAAAAGGUUAUUCAAAAAAUAUCUAUUGGUGGAAAUCCUUUCGAUUGUCAAUGCAGUAUGAAUGAUUUGAGGAACUAUUUAGAACAAAACAGAAAUCUGAGGAGAUUGUUUGGAGAUGGAAUUGAAUGUCAGUUUCCUGCCAAACUUGCUGGAAAGUUUUUGAACUAUCUCACUAGUAAUGUUACAUGUCCAGAUGCAGCAACCAAUCAACCUGAGAGUGUUCAUGUUGGAACAAGUGUGGUCAUGUGGUUUGCAGGGGCAUCUGUAGGAAUAAUAAUCUGCAUUGCAAGCUUCUAUGUGUGGAAGAAAAAUCGCUGCAAUUUCAAGACUGGUUCAAUAAUAUACAAGAGUGUUCCAGUUAAUGAAGAUAAAAAGAGAUGUCUGCCACUUGCCAACCGUUGCUAGAAUAGUAGCCCAGAUUCUUCUAGAUUUAAAGGAAAAGCUCAUUACAGUGAAUUGUACUUUGAUACAAACACAUACAGUGUUUUUUUAUAUACUUGUAUCGGACUUCCCUUGUUACCACUAGUUGCAGCGUUUUUCGACGUGUUGCAAUUACUUUCCUAAUAGCUGGACUGGCUAAAGCACCCGCUUUUCGCAUGUAUUGUGGGUUUAUUUAAUUUUCUGUAGAUAUAUUACCGCUGGUUAUCAUUUCAACAUUAAGCGCUUUGUUCAAUACGCAUUUAAAAAGCUAUGCCAAAGCUUAAGUGCCAUGCACGCAUACUUGUGCUGUUAACUUGUAGAGUACUGUUUAAAGAAUCCGACGACAUGUCGUAUGAUUCGUAUGAUUGCCUAGAUAUUUUAAAAGGUUUCUGAUUUUGCUAUCAAAAAUUGCUACGCCGCUGA